CGGCGGCGCGGCGGGCCCGUCAUGGCGUCUCCCGGCGCUUGCUGGCCGCAGCCGGGCUGGCGGGGGCCCGGGGUCGGGGCCGGGCCCGGGGCGCUGGGCGAGGAGGACGCCGAGGGGCUGUACGUGGCGGUGGAGCGGUGCCCGCUGUGUAACACCACCCGCCGCCGCCUCACCUGCGCCAAGUGCGUCCGCGGCGGGGACUUCGUCUUCUUCGACGGGCGCGACUCCGAGAGGUUUUUAGACAAGAAAGAGAGGUUAAAGCAUCUUAAAAACAAACAGAGUGAAUUCCAAAACCAUGUUUUAAAGGCUAUGGAAGGGAAAAGGAUAACUGAUCAGCUGAGAUGGAAAAUAAUGUCUUGCAAGAUGAGGAUUGAGCAGCUGAAACAAACCAUUUGCAAAGAGAAUGAUGAAAUGACAAGAAACUCAGAGGGGCUUCUCAGAAUUAAAGAUGAGAACCAGAAGCUUUACCGCAGGGCUCAGAGGCAUCAGGAGAAGAAAGAGAAGAUCCAGAGACAUAACCGCAAGCUCGGAGACCUGGUGGAGAAAAAAAAUUACGAUUUGAGAAGCCAACAUGAACACUUGGCAAAUCUUCGACGGUCACACAUACUGGAGCUAACGUCUGUCAUUUUUCCCAUUGAGGAAGUGAAGACUGGCAUGAGAGACCCUGCAGAUGUUUCUUCUGAGUGUGACAAUGCCAUGACCUCUAGCACUGUGAGCAAGCUUGCAGAAGCCAGGAGAACUACGUAUCUCUCUGGGAGAUGGGUGUGUGAUGACCACAAUGGGGACACCAGCAUCAGCAUUGCAGGGCCUUGGAUAAGUCUUCCUAAUAAUGGAGACUAUUCAGCUUAUUACAAUUGGGUGGAAGAGAAAAAAACUACACAAGGACCAGAUAUGGAGCAUAAUAAUCCUGCCUAUACCAUCAGUGCUGCAUUGUGCUAUGCAACUCAACUCGUUAACAUUUUGUCUCAUAUACUUGAUGUAAAUCUUCCCAAGAAGUUGUGUAACAGUGAGUUCUGUAGCGAGAACCUCAGCAGGCGGAAGUUUACUCGGGCAGUGAAGAAGCUGAAUGCCAAUAUCCUUUAUCUUUGUUUUUCUCAGCAUGUAAAUUUAGAUUUAUUGCAUCCACUACAUACGCUCAGGAACCUUAUGUACCUGGUCAGUCCAGACACUGAAAACUUGGGCAGGUCUGGGCCAUUUGAAAUAAGUGCUGAUCUCGAAGACUCCAUGGAGUUUGUGGAUCCCGGUGCUGCUGGUGAAACGGAUGAGAGCGGAGACGAGCACGUCAGCGAUGAAGAGACUGACCUAGGGACAGACUGGGAGAACCUGCCAAGCCCUAGAUUCUGCGAUAUCCCCUCUCAGCCGGCAGAGCUGUCACAGAGCCAGAGCACGCAGGCCUCCCAGGCUAACGCCAGCAGCAGCGCAGGCGGAAUGAUCUCUUCUGCUGCGGCCUCCGUGACGUCCUGGCUCAAGGCGUACACUGGACACCGCUACUGAGCGCCUAGGCGGGGUCCCAGGCCUCGCGGAAGGAAUCUCCCCCAGCAAUGCUGUAGUAACCCUCACACGCUGAGUUAAGUAGGGCCUGGAGCGCAAACGGUCAGACUUUAAUUUUGUAAACCGGAAGAACCUUUUUAUUUACCCAAGAUGACGGUGAUGGUGACAUUUUGCAGAUUAGCUGGAUCUACACUUCUGACUUAUUCCAUAAGGGCACUUGCUGCCUCUGAAUUCUGUCUACAUUGUUGAAUAGUGAAGAAAAAGGACCCUGCAGCCCUGUCCAGAUUUUUACUUCCUAAAGUAGAUUUGGAAUACUUGGAUCAGGGGCAAGGAUGGGGAGAAAGCUGCUAAAAAUUCAGAUGGGACAGUGGUGCGCAAAC